AUGUCUCCCAUUGCUUUUGCGAUUUUGUGUUACGUAGCAGUUUUAUCUGCAUCGCCUAUAAAGCCCGAGUCUCAUCACCCUCAUGAAUUUAUUAUUGCAAAAACAGAUUCCAAGGACUUGUCCGGGGAGGGGAAAUACAAAAUAAUUGAGAUUAUCCCAUUCUCCGAGACUGAAAACAAUUCUACAGGAAAUGUAGAAGAAACUACCACCAGUAAUCCAAAAACUAACAAACCAAACUACGAGGAUAACAAAAAUGACCAAGAAAGUUAUUCAGAUCCACAAAAAGAAAGAUAUGCAAGGAUACUUGAAGAAGUAAAAGAAGCAGUGCCUGAAGAACAAAUAUAUAACGAACAAAAUCCCGAGCCAGAGCACGAAAAGCGUCCUCAGAACCCGAAAGAAAAAAUCGAAAUACUACUUAAAACAGCAAAACCUGAAGUUCAGAAAUACGAUGAACAAAACCCUGACCCAACAAGCGAAAAGCAAGAUUCUGAGAAUGACCUGCCAGAAUACCAAAACUUUGAACCUCAAUAUACGCAAGAUGUGCUCACUAGAGUAAUCGAUCACACGCAUAAUGGACCGUCUUACGCGGAAAUCAUCGAGAUCCAACCUGAUUCAGAGACCUUGAAACACUAUAAAAUUGACACGCCACAAACUAGUGAAAAGCAAAACUCGAACACAGAAGAUUCUGGAAAACCCAUUGUUGAACAACAACAAACUGGGGGAAACCAAUUCUCAAUCAGUGACUAUACGGAAAGUAAUAAAUCAGAUGGAGCAAGUAACAUCGAUGGAAUAAAUUUGUUUGAUCGACCAUGCGAUAGAUACCACGCCAACGAGGUUACAGCUAAAGUAAAUGUGUUAGAGCCUGAAGUAAAAAUUAAUAGUGUUAAAGAAUAUAAGAACAAGGAGGAAGGUCAGAAACAAGAACAAGAAGUUUUCACAAGCAAGGAAGAAGUAAAGCCUGUUGACACGUUAGUUAUUCCCGCUCCACCAUCUAUUGACGUGUCCACAACUACGGUUCAGAACCAAAAUUCUUUAGUUUCAGAUAAAUCAAGUUAUAAAUACCAACCUGAAAGUUACAAAUUAGUCAAAAAUAAACCUGAGCUCAAUGAAGGACAGGUUAAUUCAGAUGUCAGUAUAGGUAUUUCGGUACAACCACCAUCAUCUAUUAAGUCUUCAAACAUAAAUGAACAAUGGAGCUUCCAAGACAAUAAUGGACAAGAACCAGUUACAAAUGACCUCAGCACAGUAGAUCAGUAUAAAACUAAAAUCAUAGACAACCCUGUGAAAGAGUCUGACCCGAGUGAAGAAGACACAAGACCCAUCAUAAAGUUGAAUAUUCCUGCACCUCCCUCUAUUGACGGUACUAUUACAUUACCUUCAGGUUAUUCGACAUUGUCAGCUCUUCAAAACGAGGAAAGAAUUCUUAUGGAGAAAAUAAAACAUCUGAAAUUGCACAUUAAGGAUCAAACCGAAAAAACCAUAGAUAAGUCAAGUUACGAUUAUCAUCCUAAGCUGUACGAUAUAGAAGUUGUUGAUAAAAAACCAUCUAUCGACGUAUCAGCUAUCCAUAACUCAGCACAAUGGAGCAAAGUGGAAGAGAAACCAGCAGAAACGCCUAAAGUAGUUAAAAAUGAUAGUGACCUAGGAUAUUACCCUAAAAACGAAGCCGUUAAAAAAGAAUCAGAUGAAACCAUAACACUUAAAAAAGAAAUAAAACCUUUUGUAAAGUUGAAUAUUCCCGCACCGCCGUCUCUUGACAAUACUAUUACAUUACCCUCUGGAUACUCGUCUUUGUCAGAUGUCCAAAAAGAAGAAGGUUUAAUUCAACAAAAGGUAAAACUCGAAAGACUAAACAAACAAGAAGCACCUGAAGCAUCCGUACAAGCCGACAAAUCCGAAAGCCAAAGCCAUCCUGAGAUAUACAAAUUGGUUAAAGGUAAUAUAAAUCCCGUGUUUAAUGCUGAUAAUGUCAAUAAUGAAGCUAGCGUAAAGGAUGUAAAACCUGUCAUAAGCAUAGAUGCUACUUCCUCGCCAUCUGUGGAUUCAUCAGUGGUUCACGAUACGAAUCAAUGGGUUGCUGAAACAGUUUUAGAUGAGAAGCCUUCUGAAGUAAACAGUGAAGAUCUCAAAAAUACAAAAGAUAAUAAACCUGUAGUGAUAUUAAAUAUUCCACCUCCACCGUCUAUUGACAAUAGUAUCACGUUACCUUCAGGAUAUUCAUCAAUAGAAGCACUCCAAAAUGAAGAAAGAAAUAUCCUACGUAGAAUAAAAAAUGUUAGAGUUAUCAAACAAAAGCAACCUGGUCAAGUAAUAGAGUCGUCAAACUUCGGAUAUCAUCCAGAACAAUAUAAGGUUGAGGUUGUGAAGAAAACUCCAGAUGUCAACAUGGAAGACGUGAAGCCUGUCGUGACGGUAAACAUUCCGGCUCCACUGGCAAUUGAUUCAUCAACUCUUUAUGAUAAAAACCAAGUUGUGGAAGAAAAUAAUGGCAAGACGCAAGAACAAACUAAGUACGUUUUACAUCAUAAUAAUGAAGAGAACUAUUCCAAAACCAACACAGAAGAAGUUUACACUGACGAGUCCGUACCCAACCAGGAACCUUCGAAGCCUGUGGUUCCGUUACAUAUUCCGCCUCCACCAUCUAUUGAUGAUGCUAUCGUGUUACCUUCAGGAUAUCCAACACUACCAGCGAUCCGGAACGAAGAAAUUAUUUUACUGCAAAAAGUGAAAGGAAAUAUUCAUCAAGUGCAGAAGCAACCAGUAAAAAUUAAACGAGUCAAACAGUUAAGUACAAUGUUCCUGUACCACCUUCACUUGGUCGUUCAAUAG